UUUCCGGAUGAUGAUGAAGCUGAUACGAAUGAAGGAGAACUCGAAGAGAACUCGCAGAAUCGAUCUAGCAAGAUUUAUUCCGACGAAGUCGCAACUUCUCGUGAAGGUAACUUGGAAGAAGAAUCAGCUUACGACGAAGAUGCAAGUGAGAAAUCGAGCACUGAAAUUUCGGACGAAGAGCAGAGUUUAACUGCAAAUUACAAUGAGGACGUAAAUUCUGAAGAAUUGAACGAGUAUCAAGAUAUAACAGAAUCGUCUGCGGAGAGUACGCGCAGCAUC